AUGACAGAUAAUCCAAUGUCUUUUACAAAAGAUAAUUUUAAUUCUAUAAUAGAAGAACUUGAGAAUACAAUGCAACGAUCACAACUACUUGCAUCUCAAGCUCAUCAUAUUAACACAUUACAAACAAAACAAAUAGAACAAUGUCAAACAACAAUGGAUAAAUCAAGUAAACAUCUUAAAGAUGUUGAACAUGAAAUUGAUGAAUUACAAAGAAAUUUCUGUAUUCGUUUAUGUUGUCCAUCAAAAUCAAAAAAAUUCAAAUCGAAAAAUUCAUCAUUAAUUAAAUCUCAAGAAAAUAAAUCAAAUGAAAAUUUAGUUCAUAUUGAACAAGAUCGAAUCUAUUCAAAUGAUCAAUUGCAAAAUGUCGAUGAAAAUUUACAACGUUUACAAUAUUUUAAUACUUUAAUUGAUAAUGAAAUUCAAGAUCAAAUUCAAACAUUAGUUUGUUUUCGAUAUACAACAGCUCUCAAAAUGAUUCGAUCACAUUUUUUUUCCACUGCUGUAAGGAAAUGA